AUGACCAUCGACUGCGAGCCGGGACUCACCAAUGGCUGCUAUGUCGAUGUUAUACCUAGCCAGCUCUUUUUUCACAAGGGCAUUUCUUCUUUCAGGAGGCUUAUUUGUGCCAGUAUCCAAAAAGGUCCUGACAUUCCAUUCAGCAACCGUAAACAAGAUCUCACGUCAUCCGUAUUAGGGGUGAUAGAGGCAGUGUUGGCAUCAGUGGCAUGUUCCAAUUACUCCGUUUUUUUCCUCACGGACGGCACCACUUCCGCCUCAACUGUCUACAAUUUGCAAGGUCAUCUACAAGUCCCCCGAGGUAUUGGGGUGUUUGAAGUAGCAUCGGACGGCCAAGAUAAUGUCACGAUAAAGAUUCAAUUUGCUCAUGUGAUGAAUGUAAUAAACCAGCUGCGGGAGCUGUCAUCGCACACUGUCAUUGUGGUCAUCAGCAACGACCCAGCCUUCCUCGCCGCCUUCAACGAAUGGUUCCUCAAGACCCGCCUCUUGGUGUGGUCGACGAGACUCCUCGUCGUCACCCGACUGCCCCUCCCGAAGCUCCUCCACUUACAGAGGACAUUUUCCAAGAUGAAUGCCAUGUUGGUCAUAAGUAGCGAUAACGAUUUAGGGAACAUCAGUAUGUUCCCAUAUUAA